AUGUCCUGUCCAGACACGCACGCAUGCUGCCUCGUCAAGGACGCACGCCACGGUGCCAAGGCCAAAAACCGUAACGGCAAGUACGCACGCCCAAAUUAUACGGGAGACGACGAGAGCGUGGACCCAACCAAUCACGAAUGUUAUCCCCGUGUCCUCGUAGCUGGACUACAAAAACAUUCUGUUUGCCGUUCUAUCAUUUUCUCUGACGAUGUUCUCUUCUGUGAGGCCGAAAGCUCAAACUAA